UUGCAAGAGCAACAUUAUAAUGAAGCAACAACCGCCACUGCAGUGGUUACUCAAAAUGCAGUCCAGACAACAACCACCCUAGCAACGAGAGGCAUGGCAAAGGAUGAAGUUAACAAUGUAAUCGAGGCAUCCUCGUCAUCCUCAUCAUCGUCGUUGUCCAACAAACCCGCAAUACCAAUGUUAAACAAUGCUGCCAAUGGUGCUAUUUCGCAUACAUCGUCAUCCAACUCAUCAUUAUCGAGCUCAUCCUCCUUAACGCCAUCACUAACAGCCUCUAUGGAGGCCUCACCAACAUCGUCAUCUACGUUGGCAACAACAACAACAACUACAACAUCGACAUCGACUUCAUCGCCCACCGUUUUCAAUGAUUCUGUAAAAACAUUAACUUCCGCCUUAACAACGGGCACCUUCAAUGAUGCCGCCGAUGCAGCAACAGCCGCCGGCUCUUCCUCCUCAUCUUCGUCGUCGUCGUCAUCAUCAUCCUCCUCCUCUUCUUCAGUUACCAACAAUGCCUUAGAUGAGAAUUUAUUUUCCACACCGUACAGUUACCUCGAUGGUUACAGUACCACCUCCAUUGCAGAGGCCGCUGCAUCUGCCUCCUCCUCCUCGUCGCCAUCGAACAGUGUCUUCAUCAAUAAUGGCAGUUACUUUGGCACAGCAUUCAAUUUUAGUCUACAGGAGAAUUCCACCUCAUUGCUUUCGUCCUAUUCCCCUUUGGAUGCUAGUUUCGUCGACGAUGACAGCAGCAGCAGUAACAGCUAUGGCAUCAACGACGACGAUAAUUGGAUGGACUUGUCCGUAGUCAUUUUAAAAGGCUUUAUAUUCUUUUCAAUCAUUCUGGCAGCCGUUCUAGGCAAUGCGUUGGUUAUAAUUUCCGUGCAACGUAAUCGUAAAUUGCGGGUCAUUACAAAUUAUUUUGUCGUAUCACUGGCCAUGGCGGAUAUGUUGGUUGCCCUCUGUGCCAUGACAUUUAAUGCAUCGGUGGAGCUGUCCGGCGGCAAAUGGAUGUUCGGCCCCUUCAUGUGUAAUGUUUACAACAGUCUCGAUGUUUACUUUUCGACAGCGAGUAUUUUGCAUUUGUGCUGCAUCUCAGUGGACAGGUACUAUGCCAUUGUACGACCCUUGGAAUAUCCCUUAAAUAUGACGCACAAAACGGUCUGCUUUAUGUUGGCCAACGUAUGGAUACUGCCAGCCCUGAUUUCAUUCACGCCAAUAUUUCUGGGUUGGUACACAACGGCAGAGCAUUUGAAAGAAAUAUCCCUGAAUCCCGAUCAAUGUUCCUUUGUGGUGAAUAAAGCCUAUGCCCUAAUAUCGAGUUCGGUAAGCUUUUGGAUACCGGGCAUUGUGAUGUUGGUGAUGUAUUUUAGGAUAUACAAAGAAGCGGUUAGGCAACGCAAGGCCUUAAGCCGCACCAGUUCAAAUAUUUUGCUGAAUAGUGUACACAUGGGUCAUACCCAACAGCCCACAAAUCUUAACUAUUUACAUCCCAGUGACUGUGAAUUAACCCUAACGAGAGAAGAGACUCAUAGUGCCAUAAGUCAUUUUGAGGAAAUACCACAAACAGAUGACGAUGACAAGGAUGAAUGCGAUGAGCUGCGGGUGCCAUCACCACCGCCUAGGCGACUGAGUCGCAGCAGCAUCGAUUUGCGUGAUCUGGAGCAGGAACGCUAUGAAAAGGUCACCCACACCGAUAGUGCACCAUCGAUGAUAGCGCUGCACUAUGCCACCACGACACAACAGCAAUUACAAGUGCCCUGUGCCAAUAAGGAUGUCAUCCAUUAUAACCCACAAAUUUGGCAGGAUGCGAUAAACGAUUUGCAGCAGCAGCAGCAAACGAUUGCCAUACCAAUACCGAAUGCCAUGGCGACGAAUGACGGGCGAGGUGUCAGGCAAUUUUCGAAUGCCUCACCCUCCAGUGGGGAUUCGGUGGGGCAUGGACAAGGCUCCAAUUUCUAUCGCAAUGGUUGUGAUUCUGAUCAAUAUCAGAGUAUAUUUGGUGGCAGUGGGGGCAGCGGUGGUGGAGACCAUGGCGGUGGCAUGGCCAAUAGCGAUGACAGCGAAUGCAACGAUUAUUUAAUUAAAUUAAAACAAACUGCCGCUCCCACCACCCUUAUACCCAUGUCGGAGGAUAACAAGGAGCUCAAGCGUCUCAUCGAGGAUAACUAUUUGUACUAUAAGCGCCAGCAGGAUAAACAGGAGCAGAGUCAACAGUCUCAGGAUUACUUUGGUGGGCCCAAAUAUCCCGCCUUAAGUGAGACCGAUUUCAUACGCAUGAAGAAUGGUGAGAACAGUUAUCGCAGCCAGCAGGUGAGUUCCGCAGCUGGCAAGAAGCCCUUUGCAGCCAGUGAUUCUGAGUUCUUGAAAAGUCAGGAUCAGGAUCUGAAAAUAAAAAGAAAGCAAUUGGAAGCCCUCAAGGAAAGCAGUUCCGUUUAUUCCACACCCAAAGAGGAGGUAGGAGGAGGUGGCAGUGGAGGCGGCAAAGGCUUCAAUCUCAAGUCCUUGUUGGCCAAAACCAAAAGAUCCAGCACCGAAUGUUUCUCUUUGGAAAAGAAACGCCAUCAGGCCACCUCUGAGGAAAUUAAACCCAGCCGCUCCCAGCUUUUUAAGAGAUCGCGCAACCGCAAACUCUCCCACAGCUACAAUGGAGGUCUGAAGGAGCGCAAACAUGAGCUGAGAUCGCGACAGCACAGCGACACUGACUCCGAUGUCUAUUUGCCACGCCUCUUUGGGGAUAGUGUGGAUUCCAGCAGUCGCUAUAACACCCCAGACAUUCUGCUGGACAUAAAUGUGCUCAAUGAGCAGGCAGAGCAAAUGGAUGAUCAGAUACUGCAGCAAGGGGAUAUCAUAUCAACAGCACCUCAUGCCAACACCCUCAUUCAACUCAUCGACCUGGGAGCCAACACGGUGCAGGAAGUGGGUCCCGAUGAUCUUUCCUUUUUGAAAGAUAUCACCUCUAACGAAUCACCUCUAAUACCCUCUACGCCUCCUCCCUCACUGUCGCCCUCCUCUCUGAUGGAUACCUCUAUACCAGAGGUUCUCAGAUCGGACACCAAUUCUACAAUACCAGAGAAGUCUCAAAGUUCUCAGAAAUCCAGUUCAGAGCUGGUGGAACUGUUUCGUUCCCUUAGCUUUCCCUCCACCGAACAAUCCUUUCACAAGGAUUCGCCCGAGAAAUCGCAUAAAUCCAAUGAGGCCACAGCCUUGCGCAAAGAGUCCAUCAAGCAGCGUAUGAGCACUCUUAGUGACCAAAUACUGGUCAACAAGAACAGCUGCAAUUUCCUAAUGUCACCACCUAUAACACCCAACUUCAAUUCGGCCAUCAACUUGCCGCUCAGCAAGUCGCCCAAUGCAGCACUGCAGCAGACCUCCUUCUCCGCAACGCCCAGCAUGGUGGGUGGCAACAGCAUUAAUGUUUAUUUCCUCUCACCACCGGCCACCACAGUCACCACACACUCCAGUUUUCCACUAACCACACCAGCUACAAAUCAUUUUGUGGUCAGUGAUACCUCAACGGUGUCGCUGGAUGUGUUCACCACGUUGGCUGUGCCUGGUGCCGGCCAACAGCACCAACAUCAACACCAACAACAACAACAGCAGUCCUCUAACCUGGGAACUGCCUCACAAGCUGCCAACAUUUCACCAAAACCGGAAAUUAUUUUAGACUCCACCCUAUCGCCCACUUCAAUGCGUAGUGGCGCAGGUGGCAGUGGCCUAGGUGGCAGUGGCGGCUCUUUAGCAGGAGAGGAGAAAGACUUAGCAUCACCAUUAUGCCAACGUCAUGAUAGUGAACCGGAAACGACCAUCACAACAACGACUAUCAAUGGCGGUGGCGGCCGCAAACGCAGCUCCUUGCUCACCGGCUAUGAAGGCAUACAAACGAUACGAAAAAGGCAGGCCUCGGUGGUAACCUAUGAUGUAAAUGUCAUUAACUUUUCCCAGGACAAUAGUGAUAGUCGCAGUUACAUACCCAUGGGCAGGGUGUCCACCAGUUCAGCAAAAUUCGAACCAGAUUUCUCGAGCAAAUCUUCGCUUAAAAGACGUGGCGGCAUUUGUAUCUUUGUCGACGAGGAAGAAGUCGAACAAAUGCUGGACCACAAUGCGGUCACCCAGCAACACCACAAUGGCCUUGGUGGUAAUGGCGACGGCAGCUUUGGUGGCAGCGGCGGCAUUGGCGGCGGUGUCACCAAGUGUCUAACCUUCAGUGCCAAUAGUGCGUUGACUUCCAAGGGCCAACGCAGCAAAUGCCUCUAUUGUGGAGCCAGUUUGAAAGUUCAACAACACGAAAAGGAAAGUAACGGUCUCGACAAGCAAAUGCGAAAGUCUAAGACAAAGUCAAUGGCACAGAGGUUAAGCUUUUGGAAUUCUUCGAGUCGUUGGUUGAACCGGAAGAACCGGAAGCACCGCCCAACCGGAUGUCAGUGUGGGGCCAAUGGUGGCAGCGUAAGACCCACUAAAGGAUGGAAAGCGGAACAUAAAGCGGCUCGCACGCUAGGCAUCAUUAUGGGUGUUUUUCUACUAUGUUGGUUGCCAUUUUUUCUAUGGUAUGUCAUUACAUCGCUGUGUGGUCCUGCAUGUCCUUGUCCCGAUGUCGUGGUGGCCGUACUCUUUUGGAUUGGUUAUUUCAAUUCAACACUUAAUCCACUCAUUUAUGCUUAUUUUAAUCGAGAUUUUCGAGAAGCAUUUCGCAAUACGCUCGAAUGUGUGCUGCCCUGUCUGGAGAAGCGUAAUCCCUACAAUGCUUAUUAUGUGUAGCGCAGCUGCAAGCAGUAACACCCCCGCUCUGCCUGUAACAGCGAAAACCCACAGCAUGUCACAUCAAGUUUAUCGUAUCGGUUAACCUUAAGCCAAAAACCGAACCGUAUACCAACAUCACCAUCACCACUACCAUCGAAGCCACAAGUGGAUUAAGGGUAUAGAGCAGAGAAGGCAACAAGGGGGGAGAGAGGUGUGCACUCAAUCUCAAUUUGCUUUCCCACAAAGAGAUGGAGAUGAAGCAAUGAAAGCGAUUGAAGUUCGACGAUAUGUAAGUAGUAAAUGUGGAGAGUAGUACAAUCACAAGCUGUCCCUAUUACUAGGACCAC